UUCCAAUCCCCUCCAUAUCAUGUGAUUCAGGUGUUCCAAUCCCCUCCAUAUCAUGUGAUUCAGGUGUUCCAAUCCCCUCCAUGGACACAGGUGUAUACAAUCAAGCCCCUAGGCAUGCAGACGGCUUCUACAAACAUUGGUGAAAGAAUGGGUCGCUCUCAGGAGCUCAGUGACUCCAAGCGUGGUCCCGUGAUAGGUGGCCACCUGGGCAAUAAGUCCAUCCGUGACAUUUCCUGGCUACUAAAUAUUCCACGCUCAACUGUUAGUGGGAUUAUAACAAAGUGGAAGCCACUGGGAACAACAGCCACUCAGCCACCAAGUGGUAGGCCACGUCACAUGACAGGGCGGGGUCAGCGCAUGCUGAAGCGCACAGUGCGCAGAAGUCGCCAACUGUCUGCAGAGUCAAUAGCUAAAGACCAAACUUGGUGUGGCCUUCAGAUGAGCCCAACAACAGUGCGUAGAGAGCUUCAUGGAAUGGGUUUCCAUGGCCGAGCAGCUGCAUCCAAG